CGAUCUUUGAUGCAAAUCUUGAGUUGGAGAGCCGUCAUUUUCAACUUAACAACUUGGUGCUUGUUCUUUCAGUACAUUCCUACUGAGUUUGUGAAGAAAUACAGAUCCAGGCUAGGCAGCAAUGUAACACUGAAGGUCGCUAAUGGUGAUAGAUGGGAAGUAGAGCUGGCUACCGAUGACGAUGGGCUGAUUUGGCUGAUUAAGGGCUGGGAAGAUUUCUCAAAGCACCUUCUUUGAAGCAAGGUGAUAUUCUGGUUUUUUGGCUAGAGCAGGAGAGCUUCUUUCACGUCAUGGUGCUCGAUCCCACUGCAAGCGAGAAGAAGUAUCGUUGCAAGGAUGUGAAUAGCCUUGGGAGACUGUUGAGUGAGAUCAAAGUUGAGGAUGAAGUUGAUUUUGGGAUUGGAAGGGAGGAGGUUGAAGGUUGUCAAGGGAAGCUGGAGCAGAAGAAGAACAAAAAUGGCGGUGGCAAAGAGGAGAGAAAGGAGAAACUGGCUUCUCCACUGAAGCAUGUUCCCACCAAGGUUGAGAGACCAAACCAUCCAUCAAAGACAGAAAUGAGAGAGUUAAAUGCUUGCAUUUCACAAUUCAUAUUUGACCCCAAUCACCAAUACAGGAAUUCAAGAACCAAGGAGGGAAAUUGCCUCCACAAAUCCAAAUUCUCCAUCACCAUAAAUGCAGGUCACUUGAAGCGUCUUCGUACUCUUCUGCCCACUACUUUUGUGUAUGAGCACAUGAUGCCUGAACAUGGCACAGUGGUGGUUUCAGAUGAAGAGGGGCUCGGCUCAUGGCCCCUGUCCUUCGUCCUUCGCCAACGUGAACGUGAACGUGGACAGGGCUCGUUCAUUGGUGGUUGGCCGGCGUUCUCUAGGGACAACUCUCUGAAACUAGGGGAUGUUUGUCAGUUCGAGCUCAUCUCCGAGGGCCAAAUGAAAUAUUGUGCAAGAGCUCCAGCAGGGGCGUGGCUGGACACUGAAUUCGCACCAGCCAGCAGCUCACAGCCUGAUUUCAUGACCAUGUUUUUUGGGCCUGAAUUCCUCUGUUCUAAGCUCUACCAACUCUGUUCCAAAGAGGAUAUGGAGCUGGCGAAGGCACUGGCGAGGCCGAGCUCCCUCUAUUUGCACGAUCUCAGAAAAGCAGAGAAGUUUACAGAGGAAGGGUGUGGUUCAGUGAGCAGAGUCUAUGUGAUUUGCAACGAGGAUCGAGGGAUGGAAGAGGAGUUCCAGCGAUGGAUGAUUCAGAAUUACGUUGUGGAAGAUGUGAUGGAGAUCAAGGAAUCGGAUCAUAUGGCGAUGCUCUCUGUACCCGGAAAGCUCUUCGAUUGUCUCUGUAAGAUAGCAGAGAAUUACUCUUGAUCGGUAGUACGAGUGAAAGUGCACAGAGAAAAACUAGAUCUGUGCCCGGCCCUUAGGCCGGGUUGGUUUUUUCAGAGAUUGUGUUGUUGUUAAGCUCUAUG